AUGCAGCACUGCAAGUUUCUAAUAUGUCUGGCCACAUUAGUGACCAACUAUAGUCUCGUCAUCGACUUUGUGGCAUAUAGGCAUAGUGUGAAACCCUUGGAUGGCAUGAUAAUCUUUCAAGAAAAUACAUUCUCUAACGACGGUAUUGAAUGUGAGCUCCAGCAUCAUUUCCAUUUACCGCAGAUUAUUAUGAAAGAUGUAGCAACAACAAAUAUACAAUAUUAUGUGAAUAGCAAAAGCAUCGCUUUAGUGUUCAUGGAAAAACUCGACCAGCCGCAUACAUGGGAGUUAGUCUUACAGAGUUUACGCAAACGUUCCUUUAUACCGAUGAUUUUUGUUAGUCAAACUGUGCCACCGAUGGAUGUACAGUUGAAAUUCUUCAACCACUUUAGACAACUGAAUAUACUCAACACGGUUGUGUUGUUUCGUGAGCAUGGCAUAAUGAUGGUGCGAACGUCUAUAGCUUACCCUAAAAUGCAAAUAAUCGCUGUGGAGCCAAGGAACUUUAGCGGUUUUGUCUGGCCAAAACAUCGGAAUGUGUUCGGUUAUAAUUUUCGAUUUAGUCUCUUUGAUGAUCCGCCGGUAGCUUACCGACAGCCGCACAAUUUCACUGAAAUCGCCGGCCUUACUGCACAAUUGCUAUCCGUCUUCUUGAAACGUGUUAAUGGCACAUUUACAAUUAUCGGAGUUCCAAUGAAUGAGACCAUGAAGCUAGCAAUUGAUAUGACAGCCAAUCUAGUCUUACGAGCCGAUGUAAUGCAUAGUACGAUGGAGCCUAGUUAUCCGAUGUUUCAACAAAAGGCUUGUUUGUUGUUACCCCUCGAGUCUGAUAUACCGUUGAGUUGGUAUCUCUUCUACGCUUUCGAUAUUUCGGCGUGGCAAGCGCUGGGUUUUAGCUUUCUUGUAAUCGCUUUAUUGAAAAUCGUCAUUCAUCGCAAUCACAGUAAUAUUCGUGAUCUCGUACUACAUGGGUUGUCCGUGUUGCAACUGUUUCUUGCACAACCUAUUCUUCUACCGGGUAACAGAUGCAUGACAAGAGGUCUAUUUCUGUUUUAUUUCGGAGUGCUUUUUGUAGUAAUCGUGAGCAUAUAUGUGGGUAGUUUGACCUCGUUGAUUAGUACACGCGUUCGUUUACCAGCGGUUUCUACACCAGAAGAUUUUCUGAAAACUGGUUUGAGGAUAUUAUCAACAGACUUCGAUAUAAAACUAUAUUUCGAUUCCAAGCUGUUGCCAUCUUCACUCGUGCCGCGUAUAUAUGAUAUGGGAAGCGGCGUCGCAGCGGUUGAUCGUACAAAGGCGAAUACUUCGUUUGCCUAUCUAAUGACUGCUGACAAGUGGUUGUGGUUUAAGAAGCGUCAAAGGCAUCUAGACCGACCGGUGUUUCGUAUGGGCACCGGUGAAUUGUGUACGCCCAGUUUGCUUCAAUUUUUUGCGCUGCAAUAG